GCUGCUGAGAAUGUUGUUAAAGACUUGACAGCUCCUGAUGUAGGCUGUUCAUUAGCAGAGCGGACUUAGAUCACCACAAUUAAAUUAAAGCAAUUAAAGACAGCGGGGAAAAGGUCGAAUCAGUGAGGACUUCUGCUUUCGAGUGGCUGAUCUCUUCAUGCCUCCAAAUAGAUCGCAUGCACGCGUGAGGACAGAUCCGUGCUCUUACAUUAACCAUGACUUUGAGUUUUUCGUCUUUCUCCAUCAAAGACAUCCUCACCGGACGUGAUGCCCGGGGAAAGCCCGGUACCAAGAGGACAGGCGAGCUCUGCGCACAGAGGCGCAACAUGUGCACCGGGCAUGACACGAGAAUCCCUGAUCGGUCUCAUCACGAGGCGGAUGAGAACUGCAUCCACUCGGAGAGACUUCCUGCUGAUCUCUGUGUGUCUGUUGGGAACCUCCGAUCUGAUGCAUACAUCGAGGAGGCCACAGGAGAGCAGACUGAGCUCAGGGAAGAGCAGCAGCCAGGCUGUAUGGAGCGGAACCAACGGCACACAGAGCUGACUGAGGCAGAUGAGGAGAGCUGUCACCCCAGCGGGGAGACUGUCAGCUGCUCCUCCGAUGAGCAGCAGUGCAGGCCCGGCACGAAGAGGCGCUCCAGAGCGGCCUUCUCUCACGCGCAGGUCUACGAGCUCGAGCGCCGCUUCAACACGCAGCGUUACCUCUCAGGACCUGAAAGGGCCGAUCUGGCGGAAGCUCUGAAACUCACAGAGACCCAGGUGAAAAUCUGGUUCCAGAACCGAAGAUAUAAAACCAAACGGCGGCAGAUGGCGGCCGAGCUGGCGGCGCGCGGCUCGCCAAAGAAAGUAGCGGUAAAGGUGCUGGUGAGGGACAAUCAGAAGCAGUACCAUCAGGGGAAUGGAGUACACAUCCCAAUGACUGUGCCACUGUACCAACAGGCCUAUCAGUACCACCCCUACCUGCACUACUACUGCCAGCCGUGGAGCCUGAGCAGCAUGUCCUGUGGAGGGAUGCUCUGAAGCCCUCUAUUACAAGACUUGGACAUGUGUCUCUUCUAACUCAAGGUGUUGGCAGCUUCCUGCAGUGGAUCACCCUGUCCUGUCAAACUGACUGAGACUGUGCAGGUUUUGUUUGUUUUAUAUUGGGGUUAUUGUUUUUCUUCUAACUAUAGAAGCCAGUUUGGUAUUUUGGCCACCGAUUUAGGGUUCGUAGAAGGCAAAUGCCUCUGACCAUGACAAGGUAAAUUUAGAGAUACUCUGUAAAUUGUUAUAAUCAAGGAAAUUAUAAAUACUGUUAGCCUGCAGUGAAGAUUAGUGUGGGCACAUUGGAGACUUUGCAAAGCUCUUUUAAGACUGUCAAUUGCUCAGAUUAUUAUUGUGUGGAGAAAAAAAAGUUUCAAAUUUAAGACAGAUUUGAGUGUGGUUAUUAUUCUGUAAUGAUUUACAAGAAAAAAAAUAAUUUAAAGGCUAAAUAAUGUUGACUACUGCUUUUUCACAAUCUUAUUUUCAAGACAAAUUUGCUAAGGGACUGUACACAAAUUCUGAAGGGAGUCAGAAAAUGUGGUGAGUUAUGUUUUUUUUCUGUCUUUUUGCUGAGGGGAAGACGGUUGGACAUAACAUGACAUUUGCCAUGUUAUGUCCGACCGUCUUCCCCAUAACUAGGGAAAAGAUUGUUUCUUUUAUUAGCAACCCAAUUUUUUUUUAAAUUUCAGCACUCCCCUGCAGGAUAGUUUUCUUUUUUGUUUGUGUGUUUGGUUUGGAUUUUUAAAGGAAUCAAACAGUCGUAAAUUAUGUUUAUAGUGUGCACAGUGGGUCAUAAAGGUGUGUUCUGCUAUAUGCAGAAAACAAUUCUGUUGGUGUUUCAGAGAUUUAUUUUUCUCAUCACACUAAAUGGUAUCUUCACAAAAAGUUCUCUACUUCCAGCUUUCUAAUUUGUGAAAAUUAAUAUCCCAUAGGGUUUGCUUUCUUAAUUACUGUGCUAUAUUUUGAGAGGGUAUUUCAGUUUCGUUUUUUUUUUGCAGUCAAUGGAAGAUUCCAAAUUAAAUAUUAACAAUGCUGAGGAGGGUGUUGUAAUUUUAAAAAAUUAAUAUUCAAGUCCCUGAAUAUCUCAGUACUGAGAAAAUACAAAAUAGUAUAUGAGGAAAAAAUAGGGAGUGCUGCACUGGGUUAAGUCUGUGUAGUGAGUUUAAAAAAAUCAGGUGCUCUUCAAGUAAAGAUUAAAAACUACGCCUGGCCAGUUCACUCAGCGUAAAAGUCCCACUGCAUUUCGAGACUCUCAAUUUAAAACGUGUUGGUUCAUC